AUGAGUAGGGAUGGAGACAGGAUGGAGGAGAACGAAUGGAGGGCACUGGAGGAGCUGAGCAGAGCGAUGGGGCAGGAGCUUGGAGUGGAGGAUAGUGUGGGGGGAUCAAUUCAAGGAGAUGAGUUCGUUCCACCAGUGCUUUCUAAUCCUCCUACCCCUUCGGGUAAUGCUCUCCCACCUAUAGGAUCCCCAGUUGGAUCGGAUCAAACCCCACGGCCAGAAAACACUGGAAGUACGGCGAACUUGGGAGGAGAAGGUACACAAGGGGUGAUAUUGGCCUUGAUGCAGAUGGUGGCGAAUAUGAACAAAGACAUGAUGGAAGAGAGAAGGCGUAGGGAGGAGUGGGAGCAGAGAAGGGAAAGGGAGACGUCUGCGGUGCAAGCGACUAUUACGUCGACGCAGGUCAAGGGCAUUCCGUCAAAUGCCGACGAACUUUGCCGACAAUGGCCCAGGCCACCUCCCGAGCUGAGGGAGACAAGGAAGAAGGAAGGGAAGUGUACUGAGUGCGGGGAGAGGGGACAUUGGUUGAGGGAUUGCCCGGUGAGGGCAGCGAAGGUAAAGGUCGGAUGGUUGUCUCCGUGGGGGGAGAAGUUCGGCGAACGUGGUGGAGGAUCGGGGGGUAACGCAGUACCUCUGGGACAGAGGAGGAACUUGAACGCAGUUGGAGGAGAUGGAGAGAUGGAAGCGGACCAGGGAAAAGAAGAGGACCUGUCGCAUACCCCCUGUUCAUGCAAUGUCGAUAAUCACCUACUCAUCUCUUCCACUUCUAGAGAUCAACCUAAAUCGGACAUUUUUAUUAAUGGGAUUAAGCUAACUACGCUCUGGGACACUGGGGCUACUUGUUCAUAUAUAAGCCCUAGGGCAGCGGCAAAGAUAGGUGUAGGAAGGAGACGAUACCAGGUGAGCGUACCUGUUCACAUGUUUGACGGGUCGGUUAGUGUCGCUGGACCUAUCACCGAAUUUGUCGAAGUUGGUUUUAGUUUGACGAAGGACGCCGAAGUGCGAUCUGUUCGUCUAGAUGUAACAACGCUCUGCAAUGCAGAUGUUGUGAUAGGGUGGGACUGGAUGAGGAAGGAAGGGGUUGUUCUAGACGGAAGAGACAACUCGGUGAAGUUCCCCAUCCCAAUCCCACCGAGUGCGGCGAAGUUAGCAGCCAUAGGGCUGCCAGCUCCGACGGACGCGAUAGAUCUCCGAGACAAAGAUGACCAGGAUGAACUGAGUCCGGAGGAACAGGAGGAAUUCUUCCGAGAACUGUUGGGGAAAGGAGUAGUUGUCUACAUAGAUGAUAUACUCAUCUAUGGUCAAACGUUGGAAGAAUUGAGAGGAACUACGGCAAAAGUGUUCGAAGUUCUUCGAAGGUCGAAUCUGUUCGUCAAGGCUAGCAAAGGACCCAGGGGUCCAGGGGUAACUGUUACAGGUUCAUGGGUGCAACAAGGAACAAUAGUCAGAGGACACAGGAGUCCAGGGAUAAGGGAACAAUAG